AUGCAAGACAUCGUCCAGCCGCCUCGCCUGAACUUCAACCCUGGGCCAUUCUGCACCGGUGAGAUUGACGGCGACAACGACGGUUCACGUGUCGCCACCGGCGCAAAUCCCCGAAUCCCCGGCACGCCGGAACGGUGCACCAGUCACCUGACGGCCAUUACUCGCCACCUAACGGUCGACGACAACGAUCACAGCGACAACAUGAGCAGCCUCGCACGGACAAUUCGGCACGCACGCCAGGUCGGGCUCAAGGAGUGGUUCUACCAGCUCAACACCAUCGGUGACGCCAAGUCCGGUGUCUUCGUCGGCAAGGACCAGUUCGGAAACAGGUACUUCCAGCAGUACGACGCCAAGGAGGAGCUGCCUGGCCGCCAGCGCUGGGUGCUGUACGAGCAGUACGACUUCAACGCGUCCCAGGUCCCUCGCGAGUGGGCUUCGUGGCUCACCCACAUCCGCAUGGAGCCACCCACCAACGACCCCGUUGUGAAGGCGAGCGAGCAGCCGUGGCAGGUGCCGUACUUCGAGAACCUCACCGGCACCCGCGGCCGCUUCAACACUUACUCGACUGUCAAGCCCAAGCUCGAGGCGUGGGUGCCCAAGACCAAGCCCCGCGCAUAG